CCUCGAGUCGCCGUUCCGGGCCGCGCGGCCUGAUGUCGGAAGUGACGAGUCCUACACAUUUCCGCUUUCUUUUUUCGAGAGGAACAGUUGGCUGCAGAGCCGGGGGGCGCGGUGGAUAUUGACCUUUGCCCCGGCCUCGUCGUGGGGAAACAGCACAUCUCCCCGCAGCCGGCUUCCUCCGCCCCCCCCCGUCCACCCCGCCCCCCCCCCCCCCCCCCGCCGAACCAGUUUCCGGCCUGCGAGCUUCCGGCGAGAUGUUACUGUUGCUGUUGCUGCUGCCCCUGUGCUGGGCCGUGGAGGUCAAGCGACCCCGGGGCGUCUCCCUCACCAACCAUCACUUCUACGACGAGUCCAAGCCUUUCACUUGCCUGGAUGGCUCUGCCACCAUCCCUUUUGAUCAGGUCAACGAUGACUACUGUGACUGCAAGGAUGGCUCAGAUGAGCCAGGCACCGCCGCCUGCCCCAAUGGCAGUUUCCACUGCACGAACACUGGCUACAAGCCUCUGUACAUCUCCUCCCGAUGGGUCAACGAUGGAGUUUGCGACUGCUGUGACGGUACAGAUGAAUACAACAGCGGGAUCGUCUGUGAGAAUACCUGCAAAGAGAAGGGCCGUAAGGAGAGAGAGACUCUACAGCAGAUGGCAGAGGUCACCCGAGAGGGGUUCCGCUUGAAGAAGAUUCUUAUUGAAGACUGGAAGAAGGCUCGGGAGGAGAAGCAGGAGAAGCUCGCCGAGCUGCAGGCCGGAAAGAAGUCCCUGGAGGACGAGGUGGAGGUGCUGCGAAUGGCGAAGGAGGAGGCUGAGAAGCCAGAGAAGGAGGCCAAGGACCGGCACCAGAAGCGGUGGGAAGAGCAGCAGGCUGCCUCCAAGGCCCAGCGAGAGCAGGAGCUGGCAGCCAGUGCCUUCCAGGAGCUGGACGACAAUAUGGAUGGGUUGGUCUCAGUCGCUGAGCUGCAGACCCAUCCAGAGCUGGACACGGAUGGUGACGGGGCCCUGUCCGAAGGGGAGGCUCAGGCCCUUCUUGGGGGAGACAUUCAAAGUGACGCUGCUGCCUUCUAUGACCGCGUCUGGGCUGCCGUCAGGGACAAGUACCAGCCUGAGGUACUGCCCACCAGCCCCCCGCCCGCACCUUCGGAGCCUGACCUGACAGAGCCCAAGGAGGAGCGGCCUCCGGUGCCCUCACCACCCAUGGAAGAGGAGGAAGAGGAGGAGGAGGAGGAAGAGACAGAGGACGAAGAAGAGGAUGAAGAGGAGGAAGAAGAUUCCCAGGUGCAGGGGGAGCAGCCCAAGGAGGCCCCGCCCCCACUGGUGCCCCCACAGCCUGCAGCCAGCCCCCCCGAAGAGGACAAAAUGCCACCCUACGACGAGCAGACACAGGCCUUCAUUGAUGCCGCCCAGGAGGCCCGCAACAAGUUUGAGGACGCCGAGCGGUCCUUGAGGGACAUGCAGGAGUCCAUCAGGAACUUGGAGCAGGAGAUUUCCUUUGACUUUGGCCCCAACGGAGAGUUCGCCUACCUGUACAGCCAGUGCUACGAGCUCACCACCAACGAGUACGUCUACAGGCUCUGCCCCUUCAAGCUCGUCUCCCAGAAACCCAAACUCGGCGGCUCCCCCACCAGCCUCGGCACCUGGGGCUCGUGGGCUGGCCCCGACCACGACAAGUUCAGCGCCAUGAAGUACGAGCAGGGGACGGGCUGCUGGCAGGGCCCCAACCGCUCCACCACUGUGCGCCUGCUGUGUGGCAAGGAGACGGUGGUGACCAGCACCACGGAGCCCAGUCGCUGCGAGUACCUCAUGGAGCUGAUGACACCGGCCGCCUGCCCGGAGCCACCGCCCGAACAGCCCACCGAAGGCGACCACGACGAGCUCUAGCCCUCCUGGGCGCGGAGAACCUCAAGGCAUGGAAAUAGCCCCAGCGGCGCCGCCCACCCGCCUGCUCCUCAGUCACGGACCAGGGCCCGCCCCUCCGGUCUCCUCGUCCUCACGGUGGGGCCAGAAACCUCGCGGAGCUUUGUGCCCUGCUCUCGGGGGGGGGGGGGGCGGGCAGGGCACGGCCACAUUCCCAGGCCCCGGCGGCCUCCAGGGGUGGAGUAGAGGAGUUCGCCCUCCGUGGGUGCCCCCCUACCCUGCCCAGGAUGUCUGCCUCCCUCCUGGUGGGGACGAGUGGCUUGACCUGUGACCUCAAAACAAUAAACGUGAUCCCCCAA